AUGGAGAACCCAGGAACUUCCGACGAGACAAACAAAAUCUCAAGAUUCUUUUUUCAAGUCUGUCGGCUAAUAUACCUCCUCGGAUUACCAAACUUUUGGUCAAAGGAUUUCAUAUUUUCCAAAUCAUUCAUUACUUUUUACGACUCCUUCACGAAAAUAAUGAACGUAACGACUUACGUAUUUGUGGUUACGGAAUGGGGGGCGUUUUAUACCCAGCAGAAUCUGAAUGAGAAGCAGCAUUCCGAUAGGCUGGUAUUUUGUAUCUCUCAUCCUAUAUUAGCCACGUACCGGUUGAUCCUGACUCACCACGGGGAAAAGUUAAAAGAACUGGUGUAUCUACUCUGCUUGGACCUUAAAGAAAAAGUCAAUGACGAAAAAAUUGAGAAAGACACUAUUAGAAAAGCCAUAAUUUAUGCGACUGCAUUAGUAGGUCUAUGUAUCAUAUCCGUUGUAUCUUACGGGAUUGACGCAUUCGCUAAUUUAAUUUCGUCAGAUGCAACGUUCACGACGGUGGUUACUGCGUGGCCUGAUGUAGGAGACAGAAGCACGCUGGCUGGUAUGGCACGGAUCAUGUUCUACGUCAUUUGGUGGAUCUUCAUGUCCCGAGUGUUUGGAGUCUACAUAAUUAUGAUAAGCAUCAUAGUCGCACUUGAACACCAGUAUAAGAACUUGGGAAACUACUUCCGUAACCUCAGUAAGGUCUUCGAACAAAACUUGAGUCCAACGGAGAAGGAAAAAAAAUAUGAAGAAUCUCUUAAAGUUGGGAUCCAACUUCACGCGAAGACUCUCAAGUGCAUCGAACUAGCCCAAGCCUCAUUCGGUCCAAUUUUCGGGGCCCAAAUAAUAUUGAACACAUACGUCAUAGUCCUAUUAUUGUUCCAGAUGGUGAGCUCCGAGCGAACACUGGGGAAUGUUUUGGCGACGAUCUUCACUGGACUUGCGAUGCUACUCAGCACUGGUUUCCUCAUGUGGUCUGGCGGAGACAUCACUAUCGAGGCAGCAAGUCUGUCUACGGACAUGUACUGGUCCGGUUGGCAGAACUGCCAAGCCUCCACCACUGGCACUCGAAAGCUGCUGGCACUUGCCAUGCUGCAAGCACAGAGGCCCGUGAUGAUCAAAGGUCUUGGGGUGAUAACAAUUUCUUAUCCCGCUUACCUUUCGAUCGUGAAAUCAGCAUACUCCGUUUUUUCAGUUCUAUACUGAAAAUUAAUGAGAAAAAUAAGAAAAACCUCUUCAUUUAUGUUAUUUUAUAGUAG